UUAUUUCCUUCAAAUCUCAAUUAGUUGAGUUCUGUUUCGCCUUCUCCAAGCAUCGGAGGGUCGUGGGCGUGGGGUGGUGUCUAUAUAAAUAAAUACGCACAAAUGAGGGAUUCUCGUCAUGGCAUGGCAUUUGAAGGAUAGGAAGCAGAGAGCAAAGAAGCAUGGGCAACUGCAGUGGUCUUCAAGGCAGAAGGAAAAGAUCGAAAAUGCGGAAGGAUCAGAAACUAGAUUCCACCAGCACUGAUAUCUCGACUCAUGAGGGGAUAAAGACGGUGGGGAUCCACAAGGUUUGCGAGUUCUCAACUGGUUCGGUUCUGUGUUUGUGCGUGGUGACUUGGAACAUGAAUGGGAAGGCUUCGUCUGAGGAUUUAGCAGAGCUGGUUGGCGGGGACCGGAGGUUCGAUCUCUUGGCAGUUGGAUUGCAGGAAGUUCCAAGACGUGACGUUGCGAGGCUAUUGCAGGCUGCUCUUGAUGAAACCCACAGUCUCUUGGGAGAAGCCACCAUGCAAUCUCUACAGCUAUUUGUCUUCGGCCCGAAGAACUCAGAGCCCUCUGCAAAAGAGAUGAGGAUAGAUCAGCAUGCAGUUAGAGGCUGUGGUGGCUUGAUAGGUCGGAAGAAGGGGGCAGUUGGCAUAUACAUUAACUUCAAUGGGAUUCGCAUGAUCUUCAUUUCUUGCCAUCUUUCGGCGCAUGCACGAAAUGUGGAGGAGAGGAAUUCACAAUGCAGGCACAUCUCGCACUCGCUCUUCUCAAAGGACUGGAAUCCAUAUGCGAGGCCUUCACAUUUAACUGUGUGGCUGGGAGAUCUCAACUAUAGAAUACAAGGUUUAAGUACACUGCCAGUGAGAAGCCUGAUACGCAAAAACCUUCUCAGUCUGCUUACUAGCAAAGAUCAGCUUCUACAAGAGGCGGAAAAAGGACAAGUGUUCGAUGGGUACUGUGAGGGGACCUUAUCAUUCAAACCUACAUACAAAUAUGAUGUGGGGAGUAGCACCUAUGACACAAGCUAUAAGAUCCGAGUACCUUCAUGGACAGACAGAAUCUUGUUCAAGGUGGAUGGUUAUUCUGGAAUUGAUGCAGUAUUGCACUCCUAUGAAUCUAUGGAUCAGAUUAAAAGCUCUGACCAUAAACCAGUGAAAGCUCAUCUUUGUCUAAAAUUCAACAAUGUAUGAAUAUUUAAAAAAGCCUUGCAAAAAAAAAAAA